AUGUUCAUCUUCUUUCUUUCUUUCUUUCUUUCUUUCUUUCUUUCUUUCUUUUUCUUUCUUUCUUUCUGUCUUUCAUUUUUCCCUAUACGACUUUUAAAUUGUCAUCCAUUUUAUUCAUUUCUUUCUUUCUUUCUUUCUUUCUUUCUUUCUUUCUCCUCCACUAUUUUUACAACUCACUCUAUUUCUUUCUGCUUUAAAAUUUCUUCACAAAUUAAUGUUCAUCUUCUUUCUUUCUUUCUUUCUUUCUUUCUUUCUUUCUUUCUUUCUUUCUUUGUUCCGUUCUCUUCUUUCUUUAGCUUUCUUUCAUUUUUCCCUAUGUUCCCAUCUUUCUUUCUUUCUUUCUUUCUUUCUUUCUUUCUUUCUUUCUUUCUUUUUUUUUUGUUCCGUUCUCUUCUUUCUUUAGCUUUCUUUCAUUUUUCCCUAUCUUUCUUUCAUUUUUCCCUAUGUUCCCUUCUUUCUUUCUUUAUUUCUUUCUUUCUUUCUUUUGUUCCGUUAUCUUCUUUCUUUAGCUUUCUUUCAUUUUUCCUUUUUCCCUUCUUUUCUUUUCUUUCUUUCUUUCUUUCUUUCUUUAUUUCUUUCUUUUUUGUUCCGUUCUCUUCUUUCUUUAUCUUUCUUUUCUUUUUCAUUUUUUCCCUAUGUUUUCCUUCUUUCUUUCUUUCUUUCUUUCUUUCUUUCUUUCUUUCUUUUGUUCCGUUCUCUUCUUUCUUUAGCUUUCUUUCAUUUUUCCCUAUGUUCCCAUCUUUCUUUCUUUCUUUCUUUCUUUCUUUCUUUCUUUCUUUCUUUCUUUUGUUCCGUUCUCUUCUUUCUUUAUCUUUCUUUCAUUUUUCCCUAUGUUCCCUUCUUUCUUUCUUUCUUUCUUUCUUUCUUUCUUUCUUUCUUUCUUUCUUUCUUUCUUUUGUUCCGUUCUCUUCUUUCUUUAUCUUUCUUUCAUUUUUCCCUAUGUUCCCAUCUUUCUUUCUUUCUUUCUUUCUUUCUUUUGUUCCGUUCUCUUCUUUCUUUAUCUUUCUUUCAUUUUUCCCUAUGUUCCCUUCUUUCUUUCUUUCUUUCUUUCUUUCUUUCUUUCUUUCUUUUGUUCCGUUCUCUUCUUUCUUUAGCUUUCUUUCAUUUUUCCCUAUGUUCCCUUCUUUCUUUCUUUCUUUCUUUCUUUCUUUUGUUCCGUUCUCUUCUUUCUUUAUCUUUCUUUCAUUUUUCCCUAUGUUUCCCUUCUUUCUUUCUUUCUUUCUUUCUUUUCUUUCUUUCUUUCUUUCUUUUGUUCCGUUCUCUUCUUUCUUUUUUUCUUUCAUUUUCAUUUUCCUUUAUGUUCCCUUUCUUUCUUUCUUUCUUUCUUUCUUUCUUUUGUUCCGUUCUCUUCUUUCUUUAUCUUUCUUUCAUUUUUCCCUAUUUUCCCAUCUUUCUUUCUUUCUUUCUUUCUUUCUUUCUUUCUUUUCUUUUCUUUCUUUUUUUUUCCGUUUCUCUUCUUUCUUUAUCUUUCUUUUCAUUUUUUUUCCCUAUGUUCCCUUCUUUCUUUCUUUCUUUCUUUCUUUCUUUCUUUCUUUCUUUCUUUCUUUUUCUUUUGUUCCGUUCUCUUCUUUCUUUAUCUUUCUUUCAUUUUUCCCUAUGUUCCCUUCUUUCUUUCUUUCUUUCUUUCUUUCUUUCUUUCUUUCUUUUUUGUUCCGUUCUCUUCUUUCUUUAUCUUUCUUUCAUUUUUCCCUAUGUUUCCAUCUUUCUUUCUUUCUUUCUUUCUUUUCUUUUCUUUUGUUCCGUUCUCUUCUUCUUUCUUUAUCUUUCUUUCAUUUUUCCCUAUGUUUCCAUCUUUCUUUCUUUCUUUCUUUCUUUUUCUUUCUUUCUUUCUUUCUUUCUUUCUUUUGUUCCGUUCUCUUCUUUCUUUAUCUUUCUUUCAUUUUUCCCUAUGUUCCCAUCUUUCUUUCUUUCUUUCUUUCUUUCUUUCUUUCUUUCUUUUGUUCCGUUCUCUUCUUUCUUUAUCUUUCUCUUAUUUUUCCCUAUGUUCCCAUCUUUCUUUCUUUCUUUCUUUCUUUCUUUCUUUCUUUCUAUUUGCUUCUUUGCUUUAAUGCUUCAUUUCUACAGAGGUUUAUUUUUCAAAAAUUUUUCGUGCAUUUAAUUCAUUAA